AUGCGGCAGUUAGUGCUGCUCGUUGUGGCGCUCGUCCAGGUGCUACAAGCGGAAUUCACACCACAUUUCCGAAAGUUUAUCCACGACAGUUUUGGUGUGAGUAUUGCCAGCACUUUGGAACGGACCGAUCUCGGUUUGGACGCAUCAUUUGGUGGUCAGUUGAACGACAACGACAAGCCAAGAAAGCAAGCAGUCAUCCUUGUACAUGGAAUCACUAACAAAAUAACGCGAUUUCUACCAAUGGUGCAAUUUCUGCGCUCACAAGGUUACACCAAUUCUGAGGUCUACGGGACAACAUAUGGUGACGCUGGUGCGACACCGAUUGGCCUUGUCGAUAUGAAAUGUUCGUACGUGAAGCAGAUUAGGAAGUUUCAUUAUUGCCGUGCGUCAGUACACCGGUACUCAAGUGGACAUCGUGGCCUACUCAAUGGGUGCACCCAUAGCAAGGAAAGCGAUUCUGGGUGGAAAUUGUAUGGACACCCGAGAGAUUCUCGUUCGAACAACCUUAAAAUCCCCGAUGCUUGUGUCAAACUUACAUUCCAGGUCCUCCACUCACUGAACUUAUCGACACCUUCGUCUCUGUUGCAGGAGCGAAUCAUGGCAGUGUGCUUUGUGUUGUGCCUAUUCCAGUCGGCACCUGUAACCGGAGAACCGGUCUACACUGUGACUCCAACAUUCCUACAGGAUAUCAAUAAUCAAGCUGGAUAUGAGGGAACCUAUGUCUUCAGUAUUUUCUCAACAGCCGAUGAAAAGGUGCCAGGAAGCACCUUUCUUUCAAACGCUGACUCUCGCACUUUCAAAACACUCUCAAAGUCGUGA